AUGAGUCGGACUGAGGCCGACUUGGCCAUCAACAUCCGGAAGGCCACGAAUAUCGAGGAAACCGCGCCAAAACGGAAGCAUGUGCGCAGUUGUAUCGUGUACACGUGGGACCACAAAUCGUCGGCGGCCUUCUGGGCGGGUAUGAAAGUGCAACCCGUUCUAGCCGACGAGGUCCAGACGUUCAAGGCUCUCAUUACCAUCCACAAGGUUCUUCAAGAAGGUCACCCGAUCGUUAUCCGGGAGGCGCAGCAGCAUACCAAUUGGAUUGAUAGUUUGAUGCGAGGUGUUGGUGGAGAAGGUAUUCGAGGCUAUGCGCCUUUAAUUCGCGAGUACGUCUAUUACCUCGAAUCGAAGCUCAAUUUCCACCGUCAUCACCCCGAAUUCAAUGGAUUGUUCGAAUACGAGGAGUACAUUAGCUUGAAGAGCAUUAAUGAUCCUAAUGAGGGUUACGAAACCAUCUCCGAUCUUAUGGCCUUGCAGGACCAGAUUGAUGCUUUCCAGAAGCUGAUUUUCUCGCAUUUCCAGUCGGGGACUAACAACGAGUGCCGUAUCUCAGCGUUGGUGCCUCUGGUGCAUGAGAGUUAUGGUAUCUACAAGUUCAUCACGAGCAUGUUGAGAGCAUUGCAUACUACAACCGGCGAUGAUGAAGCCCUUGAGCCCCUUCGUGGCCGUUACGAUGCUCAGCACCACCGCCUUGUGCGGUUCUACUACGAAUGCUCGAACUUGCGCUACCUUACCAGUCUUAUCACUAUUCCCAAACUUCCUCAAGACCCGCCAAGUCUGUUGGGUGAAGAUGGUGAGCGUCCAGCCUUGCCGAAGCGACCUGCGAAGGAGAUUGAGCGCCAGCCUUCUCCACCACCGAAGUCACCCCCCAGGGUCGCAGAGCCCGAGCCAAUCAAUGAUUUCUGGACCACUGAAGCUCGACGCCAGCAAGAAGAGUACGAGGCUGAGCAGGCACGCCUUCAGGCCCAGUGGGAGGAGCAACAGCGUCAGCAGAUGCUUGCUCAGCAACAGGCCCAGCGUGACUUCGAGGAGCAGCAGCGUCUCCAGCAGGAGCAACAACGAUUGGCACAGGAGCAACUUCUCCGUGACCAAUACCAGACACAUACCCAGGGUCGCCUUGCUGAGCUCGAACAGGAGAACUUGAACGCUCGUGCCCAGUAUGAGCGCGACCAGCUCAUGUUACAGCAGUACGAUCGUCGGGUCAAAGAUUUAGAAGAGCAGAUGAGCCAGUUGAACAACAAUCUCAAUUUGCAGAGUGCCUCCAAGGAUGAGCAGAUCCGAUCAUUGCAAGAGCAGGUGAACACAUGGCGGACUAAGUACGAAGCCCUGGCCAAACUCUACUCGCAGUUACGACAGGAGCAUCUGGAUCUUCUGCAGACCACCAAGAGUCUUAAGCUCAAGGCUGCUUCCGCUCAGGAGGCCAUCGAGCGCCGUGAAAAGCUGGAGCGUGAGCUCAAGACCAAGAACCUGGAAUUGGCAGAUAUGAUUCGCGAACGUGACCGUGCUCUGCACGACCGGGAUCGUCUGACUGGUAGUAACAAGGAGGAGUUGGAGAAAAUCAAGCGGGAGCUGCGCAUGGCACUUGAUCGAGCUGAAAAUGCCGAGCGUUCGAAGGGCACUGAGAUCUCCACCAUGCUUUCCAAGUACAACCGCGAGAUGGCUGACUUGGAAGAAGCUCUGCGGAACAAAAACCGGGCUUUGGAAGAAAUCUCCAACCGCAAGUCCGAGUGGGAUGGAGACCAUGAACUUGCCUUGCGUGAGAAGGACGAGGAGAUUGAGGUGUAUAAAUCUGGCAUGGAGCAGGCACUGAUGGAACUGGAGGAACUGAAGAUGAGCCAAGGAGAUACCGACAAUGCGCUUGACAGCCAGAUUGACACUGUGCUCCACGGCACUGUCGCGAAGAUCAACGAUAUCAUCGACUCCGUCUUGCAGUCUGGUGGUAACCAGAAUGCCUCGUCGCCCUACGUACUCUCCCAGAUCGAAAAGGCCUCAGCGUCCGCCACCGAGUUCUCCACUGCUUUCAAUAACUUCAUUGCCGAUGGACCCAACAGCCCCCAUGCUGAGAUCAUUCGCACCGUCUCGGUCUUCUCUGGCUCCAUUGCGGAUACCCUGAGCAACACCAAGGGUCUCACUCGCUUCGCCAAUGACGAUAAGAGCGCUGACCAGCUUGUUGGCGCUGCCCGCAAGUCCGCACAGGCUACCAUGCGCUUUUUCCGUGGCCUUCAAUCAUUCCGUCUGGAAGGCAUGGAGGCGCUGCAGAAGACCGAUGUCGUGAUCAACAACAACCUGGAAGUGCAGCGUGAUCUUCAGAGCCUGUCGAAGCUGGUUGAAUCUUUCGCACCCAAGAGCAGCAAGAUCAAUGCCAAGGGCGACCUGGGUGAUCUCGUCGACCAAGAAUUGCUCAAGGCUGCGGACGCUGUUGAUGCCGCUGCGGCGCGUCUCGCCAAGCUGAAGAAUAAGCCGCGCGAUGGAUACACCACCUACGAACUGCGGAUCAACGACGUCAUCUUGGCUGCAGCCAUCGCCGUGACCAACGCUAUUGCUGAAUUGAUCAAGGCCGCCACGGAGUCGCAGCAGGAGAUCGUGCGUGAGGGGCGGGGAAGCUCGUCAAGAACCGCCUUCUAUAAGAAAAACAAUCGCUGGACCGAGGGUCUUAUCUCUGCUGCCAAGGCUGUGGCGCAGUCAACCAACACUCUCAUUGAGACAGCGGACGGCGUGAUCUCCGGCCGCAACUCCCCCGAGCAGCUGAUUGUCGCUUCCAACGACGUCGCGGCCAGCACUGCUCAGCUGGUGGCUGCCAGUCGUGUCAAGGCUACGUUCAUGAGCAAGACUCAGGACCGCCUGGAGACAGCCAGUAAGAAGGUUGGCGCCGCUUGUCGCGCCCUGGUGCGCCAGGUACAGGACAUCAUCAAGGAGAAGAACAGCGAGGGUACCGAUGCGGAGGACUACACGAAGCUGAGCUCGCACGAGUUUAAGGUUCGCGAGAUGGAACAACAGGUCGAGAUCCUUCAACUCGAAAACAGCCUCUCUCGGGCCCGUACGCGCCUUGGAGAGAUGCGUAAGAUAUCUUACCAGGAGGAUUAG